GGUGAGUUGUAAAACAGAAAACAGCGAGUUUCCAAACAUACCCAUUUCUCUCUAUUACCCAUUUCACCAAAUUUCAUCUCUCAAUAUUUUUCAGUCGGCACUUUUUAUUGCCCUUUCUCCUUUCUGGGGUCUCGCAAAUCACUGACCCCAUUUGUUUUCCUUCACACACUUUGCCUUCCCUAUUGCUCUACCAUCAAGAAAGAUAUUGAUCCCUUUUCUUCUCUUCUGUUCUUGUUGAAAACUUUUUGUUUCAGAGUCAAAGAAAUAUUCUCACAUCAAAAGUAACAGGAACCCACCAUUUUCUUUGCGGAUUUUGGUCUCCUGUUGGAUUGAUUGUCUCCACAUUUAAGAUCUGUGGAGAUGUCUGGUUUUGAAGGCGUUUUAGUUUCUGACCAAUGGCUUCAAAGUCAGUUCACUCAAGUGGAGCUUCGAAGCCUCAAAUCUAGAUUUAUAUCGGCCAAAAAUCAGAAUGGAAAAGUAACGACCGGAGAUUUGCCACAUAUAAUGAUGAAAUUGAAGGCAUUUAAGGAAAGGCAUAGUGAAGAGGAGAUCAGGGGAAUAUUGAGCGAGUCAGAUCCUCAGUUGAGUGAUGAGAUUGAUUUUGAAUCCUUUCUCAGGGCAUAUUUAAAUGUGCACGGUCGAUCAGCUGAAAAAGUGGGUGGUGCAAAUAACUCUUCAUCAUUUCUCAAGGCCAGCACAACCACCCUUCUUCAUACAAUCAGUGAAUCAGAGAAAUCACUCUAUGUGGCUCACAUAAAUAGCUAUCUUCGGGAUGAUCCGUUUUUAAAGAAUUAUCUCCCGAUGGACCCAUAUUCAAAUGAUUUGUUUAAUCUUGCUAAAGAUGGAGUUCUUCUCUGUAAACUUAUUAACGUUGCUGUCCCUGGGACAAUUGAUGAACGAGCAAUCAAUACCAAAAGAGUUCUCAACCCCUGGGAGAGAAAUGAAAACCAUACCCUAUGCCUCAAUUCUGCCAAAGCAAUUGGCUGCACAGUGGUUAAUAUCGGCACACAGGACUUGGUUGAAGGACGACCACAUCUGAUCGUGGGAUUGAUUUCACAAAUUAUAAAGAUCCAACUAUUGGCCGAUCUUAACCUGAGGAAGACGCCUCAACUCUUGGAACUGGUUCAGGAUAGUGGGGAUAUUGAGGAGCUUAUUAAUUUGCCUCCGGAGAAGAUUCUGUUAAAAUGGAUGAAUUUCCACCUUCAAAAAGCAGGAUACAAGAAAACUGUUUCAAAUUUCUCAUCUGAUCUUAAGGAUGGAGAGGCUUAUGCUUACCUGCUUAAUGUUCUUGCUCCCGAGCACUGUAAUCCAUCCACGUUAGCCGCUAAGGAUCCUAGUGAAAGGGCAAAACUUGUACUUGAACAUGCAGAAAGAAUGGAAUGUAAAAGUUAUUUGACUCCAAAAGAUAUUGUUGAGGGCUCAUCCACUUUGAACCUUGCUUUUGUGGCACAAAUAUUUCACCAACGGAGUGGUUUUGCAGUAGAUGGAAAAAAGGUAGCAUAUGCAGAGAUGAUGGCAGACGAUGUACUAACUUCUAGAGAAGAAAGAUGCUUCCGGCUCUGGAUUAAUAGUCUUGGCAUUGUUUCUUAUGUUAAUAAUGUAUUCGAGGAUGUCAGAAAUGGAUGGAUACUGCUAGAAGUGCUUGACAAAGUUUCUCCAGGUUCAGUUAACUGGAAGCAUGCAUCAAAACCUCCCAUCAAGAUGCCCUUCAAAAAAGUUGAAAAUUGCAAUCAGGUUGUUCGGAUAGGGAAGCAGUUGAAAUUUUCAUUGGUUAAUGUGGCUGGAAAUGACAUCGUACAAGCAAACAAGAAGCUCAUCCUUGCUUUCUUAUGGCAGUUAAUGAGAUUCAAUAUUCUCCAACUCUUAAAGAAUCUAAGAUCUUACUCUCAAGUAAAAGAGAUGACAGAUGGUGACAUCCUGAGGUGGGCGAACUACAAAGUGAAGGGCACUGGAAGGUCUUCUCAAAUUGAUAGUUUUCGGGAUAAGAGAUUGUCAAAUGGAAUAUUCUUCUUUGAACUUCUAACUGCUGUAGAACCUAGAGUGGUGAAUUGGAACCUUGUUACCAACGGUGAAAAUGAUGAUGAAAAGAGGCUAAAUGCUACAUACAUUAUAAGUGUUGCACGAAAGCUGGGUUGUUCGAUAUUUUUGUUACCUGAGGACAUCAUAGAGGUGAAUCCAAAAAUGAUCCUCACAUUAACUGCAAGCAUUAUGUACUGGAGCCUUCAACAGCCUGUUGAUGAAAUAGACAUCUCUCCUUCUCCCGCCACAGCAAGUACUAUCACAGAUAGAUCAACUACCUCGUCCAUCAAUGGUGAGGACGAGAGCUCCUCUCUCUGUGGCGAAGUUUUGAAUUUAAGCUUAGACGAUACUGCCUCUGAUACCACAGUCUCCUCUGUGAUUGAGAAUGAAAGGGAUCUCAUAUGACCAACAAGACACGGGCGAUUCGAUUAUGGUGCUAGAAUCUUUCUGGCAACAAAAAUACAUCAACUGGAAAAUAAGAAAGCAAAUUUUUAUGCUGUUCCAAGUGUGGUUAAUAUAUCUGCUCAGAUAGAAUCCACAACAAACGCAAGCUUCUGAUAAAGAAACACUCCUGUGAAGAAAACAAUAAAAUGAAAAGAAGAAAAAGGUUAGAACACUAAAUCAGCAAAUUUUAUGAUCCUUCCAAAGGCAAGAGGUGGAAGGGUUGAAGAUCAAUAAUGGGUUGAGUCCCAAAUUUUUCUUGAACUUGUUUUUCUUCAAUGUAGAUAAAAGAAAAAGUUGGGUAUUGGGAAAGUAAUGUUGUUGAUAUAUGACCAAUUAGGUUAGUUUUAUAUUUUGUAAUAUUGGUAGUUUAUACCCUGGUGUUAGUUUCAUUUCAUUGUGGUUGCCUCUUCAAAUUUGAAUCUUUAUGGGAAGUCCAUUCUUUACUAUUGAAAAUUAACUUGUGCUAUUGGA